CUCUCUAUAAUCUAUAUGUGUGUUUGUGGCUAUGUUAUUUUUGUCUUGUAUAUCGAUAUAAUGCAGAGUAUAUUAUAUAUAUCACCUCUUUUUGACCCAACUUUUCAAUCUUUGUUUUUAUGCAUUGCAAUGCUAGCCCUUUUGCACUGUACGAUUAUACAAAAAGGAGUCCUUUAAUUUCGCUGUUGUUAAAUCUUUUUCCCUUUUAAAAAGUUCCCAACUUCGUAGCUUCUUCGUGCACACCUGUAAUUUGCACCAUUUCUUCUCUCUCUUUCUCUCUCUCUAAAUUGUAAUGGUAGGAACAGGAAAUAUGUGAAAGUGAGAGAAAUUGAAUGAUGUGAGUUUGAAAAUUUGGAGAGCAUGAGAUGGGUGCAAUCAUUUGGCACCCAUCGUUUCGAGAUCAUUUUGUUUUAUUCCUUUUUUGUAACUUUCGGUUAAAAGGGUGAAAGAUUCUUAUUUUUGGUUUUGGACCCCCUCAUGAGAUUAAGGAGGCGUAGGCAAUGCUUUCCAUCCUGCUCUUCUCUUCACAGAGUUGAUGAGGAUGAAAUUUACUGGAGACAGAAUAAGGGCGAUGAGGAGUUGGACUGGUCACAUGAUUCCACUCACGUAAUAUCACAGUUAACUCAAUGUUUUACUAAUGCUAUGGUUGGAUCACGAUCAUGGAUAGGAGGACUCUUUAAUAGGUACAGCAGACGUACAGACAAGUACCUUGACCGCCCGUUGACCCCUCUCGAGGAGCAAAGACUUCAAAGGCUUCAAGAAAGACUACAAGUACCUUUUGAUGAGACUCGCCCUGAUCAUCAAGAAUCCUUGAGAGCCUUAUGGUAUGCUGCUUAUCCAGAUAUUCCUCUGAAAGGGUUGAUCUCUGAGCAGUGGAAAGAGAUGGGAUGGCAAGGUCCUAAUCCAUCUACUGACUUCAGGGGUUGCGGUUUUAUUUCACUUGAGAACUUGCUAUUUUUUGCCAGGACUUAUCCGGCAUCUUUUCGUAGGUUAUUGUUCAAGCAAGAAGGGGAUCGAGCAACUUGGGAAUACCCCUUCGCUGUUGCUGGCAUAAAUGUCUCAUUUAUGUUGAUUCGUAUGCUGGAAUUAUACAUGGCGAAACCAAAAUGUCUUCCAGGAAUCAAUUUUGUGAGAUUAUUAGGAGAUGAAGAAGCCUUUGAUGUACUAUACUGCAUAGCUUUUGAAUUGAUGGAUGCCCAGUGGCUUGCUAUGCAAGCAUCUUAUAUGGAAUUUAAUGAGGUUCUACAAGUUACAAGGACACAAUUGGAAAGAGAGCUGGCUUUGGAAGACAUACACAGAAUACAAGAUUUACCAGCUUAUAAUCUUUUGUACCAGUAGCAGUAGCUUCUUUAAGUACCAUUUCAGUAGCCACAAUAAUUAGAAUAUUUCUUGAACCUUUUGCAAA